AGCCUUUGAAAUACUUGGGGGAACGAUACGAGAUAGCCGUUGUAAAAUCUCGGAGUGAAUCCUAUUGGCAAGGGUUGUUUGCCAAACUAGUGCGGUGCUUUGACGGAGUUCAAGAGACCGAGACUUAGUGGAUUUGGAAAUCCUUAAGGAGGAGCCUUAAGAGUACAUAAGAUAUUUGGUGAUUAUGGACUUACAAACAUCUAUUGUUACACAUGUUGAGAAUGAGCAACCACAUGAUUUUGGUGGUGAAGAAGAAGACCUAGUUUUAUAUGAGUUGCAGCCCAGUUGGCACCAUGAAGAUAAUUUGUUAAGAAAGCUACAAAAACGUUUUGUUAAAAUUUUUCUCCAUGCAAGUGGUAAUAUAGCUGCAAGAUUCCUGUUUGAUCAGCAACUUAUUGAUGCCUUCCGAAAAAUACCUAAAGCUGGUUGGAAUGCAAAAGAAAGAUCUGUGAUGGGUAAGGGCAGUGGCGGUGAUUGCAGGGCUAAGGACGGCGGUGGCGAUGGUGGAAUGAAGAUGGCGGCGACGAUUGUGGGGAUGAAGGCGGCGGCGGCGAUGAUUGAGAGCUUAGAUCCGUUGGUGCGGCGUGGUAUUGCUGCAGCCAAUGAAGUUUGUGAUAUUCGAGGCAAAUUAGUUAUCCUGGUUCUUUCUAAUAUGCAGUGGUUAGCUCAUAUUGAAAUGCUUGUUGUGAAGGCCAUUGCUGUAAGUUGUUGUAUCCGUGAAUCAUGGCCUGUUCCUAUUAUUACUCCAUCUUCCUUGCGUUUGCAUUGGGCUUCUGUGGUUUUAUCCCAAUCAAGUGGUUCAAAUAGGGCAGGAUUCAAAGUGGUGCCAUCUAAUGCAAAGAGAUCUAUCCAACUUGAUGGUCUCUUUAAUAUAAUUUCCUAUGACAUUGUUCCUAAGUUAAAGGAUACCUUAAUGGCAUCAGAAUUCAAGGUAGUUAUUGCUGAUGAAUCACACUUUUUGAAGAAUGCCCAGGCUAAACGAACCAAUGCAUCACUUCUUGCAAUGCAGAAAGCCAAAUAUUUGAUACUGCUUAGUGGAACCCCUGCUUUGUCAAGACCAAUUGAGCUUUUUAAACAGCUGGAGGCCCUGUUUCCUGAUGUUUACAAAAAUGUUCACGAGUACGGUAACCGUUAUUGCAAGGGUGUAGUUAUUGCUGAUGAAUCACACUUUUUGAAGAAUGCCGAAGCUAAACGAACCAAUGCAUCACUUCCUGUAAUGCAGAAAGCCAAAUAUUUGAUACUGCUUAGUGGAUCCCCGGCUUUGUCAAGACCAAUUGAGCUUUUUAAACAGCUGGAGGCCCUGUUUCCUGAUGUUUACAAAAAUGUUCACGAGUACGGUAACCGUUAUUGCAAGGGUGGCUUUUUUGGAGUUUAUCAAGGCGCCAGUAAUCACGACGAGCCGCACAACUUGAUGAAAGCAACUGUAAUGAUUCGCAGGUUAAAAAAGGAUGUCCUCCCACAGCUUCUUGUUAAGCGCAGACAACAGGUUUUCUUAAACUUGGAAGGAAAGGAGAUGAAGUCUAUCAAUGCUUUAUUCCGUGAGUUGGAGCUUGUCAAAGGAAAAAUUAAAUCAAGCCAAUCCAAGGAUGAUUAUGAAUCACUAAAGUUAACCGAGAAGAAUCUUACAAAUAAGAUAUACAUUGCUUCUGCAGAGGGCAAGAUUCCAUCGGUUUUGGAUUACUUAGGAACGGUUGUUGAGAAAAAGAAAGUUGGUUGCAUUCGCAUUGAUGGCAGUACUCCAGCAGCAUCACGUCAAGCUUUGGUUACAGAUUUUCAGGAGAAAGAAUCAAUAAAGGCUGCAGUGAUGCUUGAUGGGGAAGAGAAGUCUCUAGAAGUAUCAGCAGGUCACUCAAAUGAAAGUCCUAGGAAACAGAAGACACUCAAUUCCUUCAUGAAGCGUUGCAGCACCCCGUCGUUGGAUGAUGAGUCAAUGCCAAAAUGCCCACAGCGUUAAUCAUCAAUCAAAACAUUUAGUGUUGGAACAUUUGUUUUAGAAAGUACUGUUUCAAAUCAACCCUUCACAAUGCUGUAUCUUCUAUGCAAAUUGAUUGGGGCAAAUAAUUGUGCUUCUCCUUGCCCUUUAAAAUGGAGAGGCUACGGUGUAUUUGUGUAAGUGUGGGUUUUACACACCACCAAGGUAGAGAGAGAGCAUGAGAGGAAUUCUACACAAGAAUAUCAUCGGGAAAAUCCAAGGGGUCUUGGUGAGUGUGGGUGAGUGUAGGGAGUAACUGGUUUUAGUUACUCGGAAAAAUAUAUCCGGGCAUAGGAUGUGGAAAGAUCUGUUUACGAGUGUCUGGAAUUUAGCCUUGUAAACAGGGGAGAGUUUUUUGUAUAUUGUCCUGAAGUAGUGGAAAUAUAAUUUUUCUCUCAUAUAUUCUUCUCGUGUUUGUUCUCUCAUUUUUCUGUUGUUCUCAAUAUUUUUCGGUAUCUUACGCGCUUAAAAUCCCAACAAUUGGUAUCAGAGCUUGGUUGCGCUGGGCAGGAGGGAUUUGUAAGCGGUAAAAGGAGAAAUUUUGAGAACCUAGGGAUUGGUCGGUUUUGGCCAGAAGGCGACCAUGGGACUUCAAGAACAAAGUGGAUGGCAUGAGGACCGGGUAAGAAGCGGCAUGUUGGCUUUGUGAAGUAUGGUGCGGGAACAGGACUUAAAGAGAUCGGUGGUCUAGCGGAGUGAAAAACUGCGGUUUAUGUCUUGUGUCGAAAGUCUUCCCGACAAUAAGAGGUCGGGCGGCGUGUUCCGCAGAUGUUGCUGCGGCGGUGCAUGAUGGGCAGAUCGAAAGAAGCUAAUUGUUAGAGGGGUGGUCUCAGAGAAUGUUAACAAAGGUGAGUUGUCAUUUUUUUACCUCGGGGUGGAGGGUUAAAACUCUAAGGAGCUAAGGUUGUGGCGGUGAUCUUGACGGGUUGGUUGAGAUGGAGCCACAACCAUGAGUCAAGACAUGGUGGAGAGCUUGCGGUAUUGAGCAAGAUAGGGCAUGAAAUUUUUUUCAAGGUGGUAGUGAUCUUGGUGGUUGGACCAAGGUGGAGCCACGAGGAUUUUUUUUUCUUCUUUGAGAUUGGCAGCGGUGAUCUCGGUGGAGUAGACUGAGAUGGCGCCAAGGAUUUUUUUUAUUUCGGAGUAGCGGUGAUCUCACCGGAGAAGUGAGGUAGAGCUACAAAGUUUUUUGAUUAUUUAAUCAAGGUGGAGUUUGUUG